AUGUGUCUGGAUUUAAAAGCUAAUGCUGUCAAUAUGUAUAUGUCAUCAAUCAAUUUCCUUGCAGUCAACUGGUUGCUUCUCUGCUUAAUCAAUCCAUUUUGUAGCAGAGCCGAAAAAUCAGACUGGAUUCCUUAUGAGAUCAACGAUUCUGCGCAUUACGAAUUUCGAUCGAUACAGCCAGAACCAGUUUCUUUGGAAGAAGAGUUUCGACCUAAUGUUCUAAAACGUCCACAAUACAACAUUUAUCAUUCUAAGCAUAAUUCGAUGCAACCUGGGAUACUUUUAAAGAAUCGCUAUUCUGAAGACAAUGUGAAAAAAAAUAUUGCAAGAUUUAUGCCAGAAUAUGAAUUAGGAGAAGUCUACACACCGUACCAUUAUUCUCAAUUUGUUAGGAAUCAAGAAAUUCCUAAAAAAGGAAGUGCUGCACGAUUGGAGCAGGAAGAGACUCAAGAAAUUGACAAGGAAGUAAUAAAGAAAAUGAACUUACUAGAUAAAGUAUUAUCUGAAGAUCCCGACAAGAAUGACAUCGAGAUGAAGAAUACUAUUGAAGAUGAAAUUAUUACGGAAAUGAACAUCCCCGAAGAGACAAAAAGGGUUGUCAGGCAAGUUCGUAAGUAUCGACCGGGAUUCUUUUGGACCUUGGCGAGGCUUGCUUUCGAGACGUUCAAUGAUACGCGAUCGGCGGUUAAACAAAUAAGUAAUAUUAUUAAUCAAAAUAUUGAAACGGAUCCAACUACACGACGACCAUCAAGAGUCAACAGUCAUCAUUCAUUGAUAGAUGCCAAUACAACGACAGUUGCACCGACGAAUGAAGAGACUAAUACAUCUAGCAACAUGAUAGGCGUUAACGCAACGACAACAACAACCUCGACCACACAAGCACCUUUCAGACUCACGCCAACCAAUCUACAAAAUUUGAUCAAAAGAAAUUUGCGUGGUUUAGUAAGACUCUUCAAUAUUGAAUGGCAGGAUGCUCUAAAUCAAUCAGACAUAACGGUAAAGGAGUUUCAAAAGAAUCUUGGGAAUCAAGUAGGCAGUUUUCUACAAGACAAUCCAAAUGCUUUUUAA